AAUACACCAUUUAACUAUUUGAGCGUUGAAACUUGAAACAGAGGAGGAGGAGGAGGAGGAGUGGUAAACAGAAGUUUCCGAUAUUUGGGAAGUUGCUGUCCUCGAAAGCCAAGAAUUUAUGUAAUUUGACAACAACAAAGACAGAUUAGAUCGGAAGAUUUGAAAGAUUUGAGCUUUGUCUCAGCACCAAGUUAUCUCUUCCUUCUUCCCUCCUCCUUCUUUCAAUUCCCACUAAACCCCCAAUCCAAUCGCCCAUAUCUUCACUCAAUCUUCACAGGAAACAGGGAAAACUAGAACCCUUAAACCAAUUGAGCUUGAUUCCGCUAUUUCGAGUUUUCGAUUAGUUUGCUAACCAUUUUGCUUUGGUUAGUGUGGUGGGCAACUCAGUUUGCUUAAUUUGGGAUACACAUACAAACUGGGGAACUGAGACUGGUUCUGAAGUUUGAACAUAGGGCUGGUUAAAGAUAGUGCAUUGUUGGGGUUGUAUUGUUGAAGAUUGAACUUGAUGGAAGUGGAUGGAAGUGCCUCAACAGUUUCUAGGGGUGCUCAAUCAAUUCCACGGCAAACCAGGCGACAGAAAGCUUUUUAUCAAUUUCAACAGCAGAGUCUACCGGCUUGUAAACCCGUCCUCACACCAGCAUGGGUGAUUACCACAUUUUUAUUGAUCGGGGCCAUUUUCAUACCUGCGGGGCUUAUUACUCUUAACGUCUCCCAGAAUGUUGUGGAAAUUGUGGACCAAUAUGAUGCGGAUUGUGUACCAGAGGCAUUCAAGAGUAACAAGGUGGCAUAUAUCAAAGAUAACUUAAUUCCUAAAAACUGUUCUAGGUACUUGAAGGUUUACAAGGACAUGAAAGCUCCAAUUUAUAUCUACUACCAGCUUGAUAACUACUAUCAAAACCACCGACGGUAUGUCAAAAGUAGAAGUGAUCAGCAGCUUUUACAUGGAUUGGGGCACAAUGACACAAGCUCCUGUCAACCUGAGGAGUCCAACAAGGAUCUUCCCAUUGUUCCUUGUGGCUUGAUAGCAUGGAGUUUGUUUAAUGAUACAUAUACUUUUAUUCGCGAAGAAUCAGAAUUAAAAGUCAACAGGAAAGACAUAGCUUGGAAGAGCGACCGUGAUCACAAAUUUGGGAAGCAUGUAUAUCCCUUUAAUUUCCAGAACGGGACCUUGAUUGGUGGUGCAAAGCUAGAUCCAAAAAUUCCUCUAAGCGAUCAAGAAGACCUUAUUGUAUGGAUGCGGACAGCUGCGCUCCCCAGUUUCCGGAAGCUGUACGGUAGAAUUGAAGAGGAUUUGGAUGCAGAUGAUGUUCUAGUAGUGAAUCUAACAAACAACUACAAUACUUACAGUUUUGGUGGAAAAAAGAAGCUUAUCCUUUCAACAUCAAGUUGGUUAGGAGGAAAGAACGACUUCCUUGGACUUGCCUACACUUUUGUUGGUUCAACUUCCAUCUUCAUUUCUGUUGUCUUCUUGUUGCUGCAUGUGAAAUAUCCAAGAACUCUUUAAUCUCCGUAAUUGGGUUGCCUUCUCAACUUUACACUGCCACCGGUUGUCAUACUCAUUCGGCCCUCUACUAUGGAAAGAACUUAUCUCUCUUGGAACAAGAAAACCAUUUCCAGCAGAAGAGGUGAUGAUACUUUUUGAAUAGUUUGAAUCAAGUGGAAGUAAUGUAACCUCAACACACACACACACACACGAAUUAUCGAAAUCUUGAGCGAUUAGUGUACUGGGAAAAAUAGAAAGGGGAUCUUUUUUUUCCUCUUCUUCUUCUGUGAAAUGUAAGAAAAACAGCGUGCGAGCUAGUUACGUGUUGUACAUGCACUGUCAUUUUUCUCUGUAUCCUUGUACUAUAUGGUGAAAAUUUAUUUUGGGUGAAAUGCAGUAGACCAUUGGCUAAAAA